GUUUCCAGAAAAUUAAAAGUAAAAUCCAAAAGUUUCAAGGGUGUGUGUGUGUAUAAAAGAAGUUCGUCUGUUGUUUUGGUAGACAAGUUAUUACUUGCGACGUACCUUGUAGACAUUGCUUAAUAUGUUUCGGUACCUUUUGGUUUUUUCAUUGACCUUUUUGCUGCUAACGGAAGAUGUAUACGCCUGGAGAAGAUUAAGGAAAUUCUUUAGGAAAGUGGGUAGGGUCAUUAAAAGAAUCCCAAAAGAAGCUGCAAAUGCUGUAAAAACUAUUGCUCAAGUUCGUACUGCAGUUGAUGCUGUAAAAGGCGUGGGGGCUGCGGUUGGGAAAAGAUCAACAGACGAUGAAAUAUUCGAACUGAAUGUCUGUGAUUUCCAAUCCUUUGAUCUUGACGAUGAUCAGCGCAUCAGUGAAACAGAGUUGUCAAUAUUGAUUGAUAUUACUGGGCUCAUGGACUUAGAUGAGUUUUUUGAACAAAUGGAUAACAACAAAGAUGAUGUCGUCACCUUAGAGGAAUACAACAGUUCACAGCUGAUUAAGGAGGCUUGCACUUGAAUAUAUAUGAUAUGUUAGCAUUUUUUUUUAAACUUUUAUUCUCGUUAUAUUUUUGUAUGUUAUGUUUUCAAAAAACAUUAUUUGCGUAAAAAUUAUGGUGAUAUUAAUUGUUGUUAUUGAGUACUUUAUGAUCGUUUCAUAAAGAUACCAUUGUUUUAAUUUUAAUUGUAUUAUACUUUUGCAUACGAG